ACCCUACCCCUCUGUCCGCUGCCGCCGCCGCUCACUCGUCUCCCAACUUUUACCUUUCUACAACCAACAUUUGCUUUUCUAGAGAGAGAAACAAGCUGUCACCAAUCAAAGGGGGGUGAUCUUCCGAGGCCACAAUCGGAUCCGAAUCAUGUUCACACGCCUCGCUGUCCGCCUCCGCACUCUCGCCCCGCCCCGAUCCGCUUCCAAAACCGCCCAAUUCUCCCUCGGAUCUUCCAGACCAUCGGAGAAUGUCGUCCGUUCGGCCCCCGUUUUUUCUCGCCUCUUCUCUUCUGAAUCCGGGAAUGUGCCUAAAAAAGUAGAGGAUAUAGUGCCGAUUGCUACUGGUCAUGAGCGUGAAGAGCUUCAGGCCGAGAUUGAAGGAAGGGACAUUCUGGAAAUUAACCAUCCGUCUGGUCCAUUUGGAACAAAGGAAGAACCUGCUGUGAUCAAGUCUUAUUACGACAAAAGAAUUGUGGGAUGUCCUGGCGAUGAAGGCGAGGAUGAGCAUGACGUAGUUUGGUUUUGGCUGGAGAAGGGUAAGCCACAUGAAUGCCCAGUAUGCUCACAGUACUUUGUGCUUGAAGUGGUGGGCCCCGGUGGACCUCCCGAUGGACACGGGGAUGACGAAGAUGAUCAUCACCACUGAAAGUCGAUACGGUCAUAGAUUUUGCUGGUAAAAGAAAGACUUGUUCAGGCGAGAGAAUGAUGGAUCUUGUAAUAUUCUUCAGGACAAUAUUAUUGAUUUUGCUUGGUUUUCUAAAGGAUAUUUUAGUCUUGGUGUUGCUUUGGCAACAAUUGAAAUUGUUUCUCUUGGUUUUGGGGCUUUAAAGCAUGAUGGCUCAUUCCGCCACUCCAAAUAACACUCAAAAUAAUUUAUGCCAAAUAUAUCGUCUUCAAACGUGAAGAUAUGCAUUUAGAGCUA